AUGGUUUAUCCUGAUGAGCUUGACAUCUUACUGGAAAAGAAAAUUGCUUUGAGAGCUAAGGUACAGCCAACCUUUGGGCAAGCAUCUGUUUGGAAGUUGUCGUACGAUGAAGAAUUUGUCAACCAAAUUGAAAAGGAUUAUAUUGCUAAUGAGGCUCAUAGUAUUCCUGUCACGCAAAAUGCUGUUGCUGAUCACGUUGAAACUUCCAUGGAGUCGUUAUCUGCAUUUGGAGAAAAUGAUCCAGACAAGAGUUUGGCCAAUACCCCUUCAAAGAGCGUAUCUCAUGCCGUUGAUGCCGAAGAUUCGGAUUGUCAUGUUUUAGGGCUUACUCAAUACUCGGGAACCAAACCACCCAAAAAAGUGAAGAUUGAACCAAAUGCUUGA